ACGGCUCCAAGACGCUCUGACCACCUGUUGGGGUUCUAUUUACUUUGCGGCCGCGGUGGCGUCCGAGUGCGCUGGCAGGGCUCCCCAAGUGCGACUCGCAGUCCGAGCGCCCUCCGGCCGGAGCGCCGCGGCGAGCGGAAGUCGGCCGCCAGAAAUAGUCGAGGACUCGCACUACGCCGCCGCGGAAAUUAGCUUUCGCCGCGACGAGAGCUUGGCAGCAGCGAGCGAGCGUUCAGUCAAGAUGCCUCAUCCGGUUAUGACGACUUGGUGCUCGGGCUCGCGUUUCUUACGUAAUUCUUGCAUCCGCGCUGAGUAGACUCGCCUGCGACUCGUUCGACGCCAUCCAGCGACGGAAAUGUGAAUUCGGUGGCUCCAGUGUGCAAGUGAAAUGUGUCUUCCGGUUUCCUACCACGUCUGACUACAGCUCCUAUCGAGUACAAAAGUUUAUGUAAUAUUCUAUAUAAUGCGGGAUGGCACUGCAUGGUUGGCGCCUUUAUGGAGUCGUGUUGAUAAUAUUUGCUUACAUAGUUGGAAUUUUGGUUCUGUCGGUGAUAAAUAUGCAAGGACCGCAGGUUACCUUCCCUAGAAGCGGCGUCCGAUUUGAAGAGAUAAACCGGCUGCGACGGCGAGACUUGAAUGGUUUGAACAAACGACAGCCGAUUCAAUGGUGUACUCCAUUGCAUUUUCUGAAUUUAAGUGAAGGACGAUCUAACGAUAAUCAUUCGAAGGGCGUGAAGGUUACAUCGAAAAUUAACGGCACCGACUCUAGUAACACUUCUUAUGAACUCGAAGAUCGUGGUAAGACCAGGACGUAUGGACUGACAGCGUUAGCUUCCUUCCCUGGGAGUGGAAAUACCUGGUUAAGGUAUCUCUUACAACAGUCUACAGGUAUAUUGACUGGCAGCAUCUAUAAGGAUUAUGGACUUUUGAAGAGUGGAUUUCCCGCAGAGAAUAUUUGUAAUAGAUCGGUUCUAGUGGUCAAAACACAUGAAUGGGGGCCCAAAACCUGGAUGCAGUUCGAGAAAGCAAUUCUGCUUGUUCGUGAUCCAGAUAAAGCUAUUUUAGCAGAGUUCAAUAGACAAAGCGGCGGUCACGUUGGAUUUGCAUCUCCAGAUCGUUACAAGCGCACAAAAGGACGAUACUGGCAGCAAUUUGUCGCCAACAAACUCACGGGGUGGGAAAAUAUGAAUUUGUCUUGGGCAAGGAAUUUCACCGGUCGCUUGAAAAUAAUCUACUAUGACGAUCUGGUAGCAGAUGUGGAAUCUGCUCUUAGGGAAAUUCUAAGCUUUCUCAAUUUUCCUAUAGACGAGGAACUCUUGUCGUGCGCACUUCUACACAAGGAAGGAAUCUAUAGAAGAAAAAAACGAAUUUUAUCGUUUGACCCCUAUAGUCCAAUUAUGCACAAAUAUAUCGAGCAAAAGAAGCAAAAGGUCUAUUCAGCGCUCGGUCGUCAUGUAUAGUACAAUAUCUGCCAGAUACUUUAGCGGAAAAAGUUAUGCAAUUCCAUGAAAAGUUCGCUUUCCUGGAAGUUUGCGUAGAAAAGUAGUCAUAGGUCAUUCGUAGGAAGAGCCUUUUUAUGAAGAGCAUGUGGACCUCGUUUCGUAAGACUAUAAAGAUGAUCAUGGCUGCCGGCCAACACGAUUGCAACUGAGCAGGAGUAAGCAGAUAGGGUUCCUCCUAUACCUUUCAUAGCUAGAAACGAGAACGCCAAUGAGUGCUAUCGUAAACAUACUUUUUUGUUAACCUUUGAUAAGGCAAUCAUUAGCCACGAUCUCCAGACUAAGUGGAUGUUUACAAAGUUUCAUCAAUCUUCGCUGUGUCUAUGUCUUGUUUGAGGUCUUCCUUGCAUGUAUGUAUAUAUUCUCUCACAAUGCAUACGAACGUACUUAAAGCGAACACAGAACAAUAACGAAAGGCACUAAUAUGUAUUUCGACAGACGGGAGUUCGGGAUAGUUAUCUGCAAUGACUCCAGCUUUAUACCUUAUCCGUGAUAAAAUGAAAAUGUGGAUCUCUAUUUCCAAAUAACCAAAAACUACUAGGAGUGUUUUAAAAUUACCGAUUAAAUGCGUAGUUAAUUGAAAGAGAAAACUAGUCUAAAUUAUUAAUAAUAAUAACCAAAAAUGGUACUAAGUCGUAAUAAGUAGGAGCCUAAUUGAAAUUAAACGAAUGUUCUUUAGGGAGAAGCAUUACUAAACGAUGUGUAAUAAAGGAAUCUAAAAUUUUUGUAAAAUGUUCAAUUUUGUAAAUUAUAUACAGUACCAAAAAUAUAAUCAACUAAGCAAAUGUUUUUAAUGAA